AUGAUGCUCUACGAAAUCCACUCCCAUGCCCAAAUCCAAGACCUGCAGGCCCGCUCCGAUGAGCUGGGCCACCCCGAAGGCAUAAUGGGUGUGGAUCUUGUCUCUCUGGAGUCGGUGCGCAUAGCGCGCGAGUCGUAUGCACUCCUCUGCCCGCUGAUCAAGGAGUUUGUGUUCUGGGGAUGCCCGCAGCUGAAAAACCUCUCGGUCGUGGCACGCUUGUCGCUGGAAAUCCAAAUGCUCGAGCAUGAUGUGUUACCCCAGCUCAAGGUUCAGGAAGCCAAGCUGGAACAGGGCGCCCUGGAAGCCCUCCUACUCAUGAAGAACUCAGCAAUUAUGCUCUUACAUCUGAGGAAGCGCUUUAUGUUAGCCUUGGGCGUAUUGCUUGCCGAGGAUGAUCUGGUCUUAGCCCGAGUCAAAAAGCUGAGCAUAAUGCUAAAGGAUACUGCUGAUGCUGUACUCAAAGGUGAUGGUAACAUUGCCUGGCUUGAGGAGCGUGUCCUAUUGCUGGUCCAGCUGGUCACCAAUGUGUUGGAGACCCCGAUCUUUGUCAAUAUACUCAAUGGCAAGACUAUCAGUCUCAAGGUGACAGGAUCAGAUAAGAUCUAUGAUGUCAAGGCUAAGAUUCAGGCAAAGGAGGACAUCCCUGCAUGCCAUCAGAGACUCAAAUUUGAAAACGAGUUGCAGCCCAGACCUUGCUUUUCCAGCCUAAAGACACGCCACGCCCGCGCGGUCCUCGAGGCGACUGACCAUGGCGUCGGAGACCGCGCCGUUCUGCGUCACGGGGACAAGGUGGACUACGCGCGGCUCCACGGGAUGGAGCUGCUCUACAACACGGCGCUGCUGCAGCCCCGGAUGGUGGCCUACUGGGCCAAGAUCCCCGUGGUGCGCGCCGCCAUGCUCGCCCACCCGGAGGCCGAGUGGGUCUGGUGGCUCGACGCCGACGCCGUCAUCACCGACAUGGACUUCGCGCCCCCGCUCGCCACCAGGUAUAAGGAUUACAACCUCGUCGUCCACGGCUGGGACAGGGAGGUGUACGAGGCCAGGUCCUGGGUGGGCCUCAACGCCGGCGUCUUCCUCAUCCGCAACUGCCAGUGGUCGCUCGACUUCAUGGACGCAUGGGCCAGCAUGGGCCCGGCCUCGCCGGAGUACGCGCGAUGGGGGAAGACCCUCAAGGCCACGCUCAGCGACAAGCCCGACGACCAGUCCGCGCUGGCAUACCUGCUGCUCAAGAACCCCAAAAAAUGGGGCGCCAGGACCUACCUGGAGCACGAGUACUACUUCCAGGGACACUGGGCGGAGAUCGUGGACAAGCUCGACGGCGUCGCGGCGCGGCGGUUCGGGCCCGCGCUCCGGCGGCGGCACGCCGAGGGGGAGCACGCGCUGUACGCGGCGGCGAGGAACGCGGCCCUGAGGAAGAAAGCCGGCGGCGUCCCGGGGCCCGACGGGGGCGGGCAGAAGGCGUCCGCCUGGCGCCGGCCCUUCGUGACGCACUUCACCGGCUGCAACCCCUGCGGCGGCAAGCCCAACGAGAUCUACUCCAACGAGAGCUGCGCCGAGGGGAUGCGCCGCGCGCUCAACCUCGCCGACGACCAGGUGCUCCGCGCCUACGGCUUCCGCCACGCCGGUCCGCUCAAGGGCGACGUGCGCCCGCUCUAGUCUAGUCUAGUCAAACUGAGCGUGCAGUUUCCUUGUUACAGAAGAGAAGAGAGCAAAAUCGAAUCACCAUUUUGUUAUUUUGUACACUGUUUUAUUAGUGAAAUGAAAAGAUGAUGACAUGACA